ACCCGGAGCAGAAGAAGACGGUCACAUGACGCCCGGUUGACCGGAAGAGAAGCGACGACAGGAAGCUUCUCUUUAUUUACACUCGAACACGUUUAUCUGUGAGUUAAAUCUCUGCGGAGGAAGAGGAGACGCUUCGCUUCGCAGCCAGGUUCCCCCACAACAAAGAGACAAAAAUGACGGCGUCGGUGUUUUUCGGCUGCACCUUCAUCGCCUUCGGCCCCGCCAUCGCCCUGUUCCUCUUCACCAUCGCCCGGGAGCCGCUCCGGGUCAUCUUCCUCAUCGCCGGAGCCUUCUUCUGGCUGGUGUCUCUGCUGCUCUCCUCUCUGGUCUGGUUCAUCUCAGUUCAGAUCAGCAACAAGGAAAGUGCAGCGCAGCAGAAAGGUCUUCUCAUCUUCGGCGUGGUGCUGUCCGUCCUGCUGCAGGAAACCUUCCGCUUCGGUUACUACAAGCUGCUGAAGAAAGCGAAUGAAGGCCUCCUCACUCUCAGUCAGGAGGAAACCAUGCCCAUCUCCAUUAGACAGCUGGCAUACGUGUCCGGCCUUGGUUUUGGUUUCAUGAGUGGAGCCUUCUCAGUGGUGAACAUCCUGGCUGACUCUGUGGGGCCGGGGACCAUUGGGAUCCACGGAGACUCACAGCAUUACUUCCUGUCCUCAGCCUUCAUGACCAUGGCCAUCAUCCUGCUUCACAUGUUCUGGGGCGUCGUCUUCUUUGACGCCUGUGAGAAGCAGCGGUGGUGGGCGGUGGCUGCGGUCGUCAUCAGUCACCUUGUGGUGUCUUGUCUGACAUUCCAGAACCCCGAGUAUGUCGCCAGCCUCGUCCCCACCUACGUUAUCUUGUUCCUGAUGGGCGCCUGGGCGUUCUACUCAGCCGGAGGCUCGCUCAGGAACCUCAAACUCUGCCUCACCUGCAAAGAUAAGGACUUCCUGCUCGCCAACCACCGGCCGAGAUAACGUAGCACGCCAGGCAGCGUGCAGGACUCUAUCCCAAAGACCCACAAGUUCACACGUACACAAGCACUGAGCAGAGCUCUGUGGUAGUUUCACCUGAGAGGUCGUUAUAAUGAAUCAAAACGGUGAAAAGAAACAAAGCUCUGAAGCUCAUUCUGAUUAAAUUUUCAAGUUAAAAUGCGGUUUUACAAAAUAUGAAUCGUGUCCCGCUGUUUGUCGCCUGAUGCUCUAAAGAGAAACAGAUGAACAAACGAACAAAACAUAUUUAAUGUCGGAGACUUCACAUUCUUAAAUAUUUUCAGUUUUUUUGACCUUUCUGAGAGUGAAUUCAAUCAUUCAUCAGCAAAACUCUGUAAAUAUUGAUGCAUUCCCGGAUGUGUAGAUAGUGAGAAGUUUUAAUCUUUUGUUUUCAUGUUGUGACGAAUCUUCUUUAGUCUGGAAGAAGUUGCCUUUGACUGUAAACGAGAGGACAUGACUGGUGUUAAUCUUCACCCAGUGAUUCCAGUGAGUCUUUGAGACACAAAUCACUUCAUGACUUGUGGUGAAUCAUUUUCCUCUUUUUAAAAGUGCUUCAUGUCUCAGUCAAUUAUCAGUUUCUAGUUUUCUAAAUGCGCCAUUUGAUUUUUAUGGAAACAAAUUCUGCUUUUGUCUCACUGCUGUUUCCAUCCUGAGAGACGAGCGUCUCGUUAGAGAAACAAAUUAUAAAAUCUACGCUACACUUUUUUUUUUUCAUCACUGCAAAAUCAUGAAUGAGAACUCGAUCAGGCUGAAGCUUCGACUUGAAUAAAGAUGGAUGACGUGCAGUGGAUCCACGAUAUAGUCCAUCACCCCAUUGUGAUUUCAUCAAAUAACUAAUCAGGACCGAAGUUAUCAGAAUCAUGAACACUUGAACAAGCAUCGUUGUGAUAGGAGCUAAAAUGACAGAAACAUUUCCACCAGGGGCGAUCGAGACACUUCAGCUUCACUUCUGGAAGCCGUCAUGUCGUCCAUCUUUAUGCUGAAGCACUGAUUCUCUGUUCUUUAAAUGUUCAUGUCUUUGUUGCCUUUUCAGUUUUACUUGUUGGACGAAUGCAGAAGUCAAUGUGAACAAUGUCCAAUGUUUUAGAAAUUCUGCAAGAUGAAUGUUUUUUUUCUUUGCACCUGCUUUUCUUGUUUAUUAUUUUCCUGUUGACCCACACGAACAUUUUGUACAGAUCCCUGUCAGCUGUGUUUCAGGAUGAUGGAUGUUAGCGGCGAGUUAAAGAUGUAAAUAAUCUUUUGCGUGCUGUGUCUUUGGUCUGAAACUUCACAGAGACAGAAUCAAAUUAGAAUUUUUCACACGGGUAGAGAAGAGGCUUUCACUCACCUGAGCCUACAAAGCAAUAUAAGCAAAACAAAUCGAGAAGUGUUGAUUCAACCUUAUAAUCUUUUCAUAGGUUGUGUUUUUAUUCUGCAGGGGAACAGAACAGUAAUGCAUUUUCCCAAGAGGAGUUUCAUUACAACGAUUCAGAAAUUGCAACUGGAUCCCCCCCCCUUCAAGUUGGAAGUCGGCAGAACCUCAACACCCCCGACUUUGAAAUCAAUAGUAGUUAAAGCCGUAGUUUUUACUGUUUAUUAGCAGUACUGUAAUUAAAUAACGUAAUGUACACAUAGUGAUGUCCAAUGACUGUCUGUGCACAUGUUACUACGGUGUAAAAAUGCCAUGUUUUCUGAAAAUAAACACUGAUGUGUCUCAGAAAGA